AUGGUCAGCUUUAGGACAGCCUUUGUGUCACGGCUUCUGGUCGCCGCUUUGUUGGCGUUUCUCUUGGGCGUUGUCGAUGCCCGUUUUCACCGACGCGCCGAAGGGGGCGCUGCUGAUCUCCAAGGUCUCACCAACGCUGAACGACUCGCUCGAGGAUACCCUCCAGAGAAGCCGAAGAGACUGUUCCAUCCUUCGAACACACUGGUUGCUCGAGGGGCAAAACCCUCUGGGCAACCGCCGCGGAAUGAAAAGAGAUGUAUCAAGGUCAUCAAGAAAGGCAAGAGGAAUGGCUUCGAAGUCAUCGGAUAUAUUUCUCAUUCAAUGGAGGCCGGGAUCUAUCAGAUUAAGAACAAGAAGCGAGACUGUCUCGCAGUGCGCGUUCCGAAUACCGAUGGCCCGUUCGAUAUCAGCAUCGAGGGUGCGAACGGUCAUAUGAAGUACCUCGGUCUCGCUGGUGGCAGCAACGAUAGCCUCCAGGCCUCCUACCUCGUCAAGACUGCCCAGACUCCCGCCGGUUCCACUCCCAAGAAGGUCGGCAACUCUGCCAACGACAGCCAACUCCGUUUCUCCGAAUCAGCUGUAUGGUCCACUACUGGAAACAAGCUCAAGUCCGUCUGGAAACGCCACAAUGGACAAGUCGCUGAAAUUCGAACCUUCAUCAAAUCGAGUAACGAUGAUUUCAUCUACUUCGUUCAUAAAGUAGACGAGUUUACCAAGUCACAGCGCGAUGAGUACGAAGUGUGGCUGGAGUUGGUUGACUCCAAUUAA